AUGCUUUACUCACAAAACAUUGCCUCGUUGGGCGCUCUCCUCCUCUUGGCCCAGACUUCAACGACACUCGCUCAUCCUGCCAGACACACUCACCACCACAGGCACCACUUUGUCAGGGAUAUCGCAGCUGAGCACCAAAUUAGAGUUCCAGCUGAUACAAGUGAAAUACUGUGGUCGGAUUACACCGCGCAGACGUCGUCGAGAAAGAGGGGAAGCCUGGAAGAUGAUAACAAGGGGCGCAAAGAGGAAGAAGGCAAAACCUUCACCAUCCGCCAAGUCAAGAACCCUCGUCUCGAAAGACGAAGUACCGCACAGCGCAAUGGUUUGUCAGCUUUGCUUCACGCCUAUGCCAAGUAUGGUGUUGAGCCGUCGCCCAGGAUCAAGAGGGCCAUGAAGCUGAACCCGGCUUUUCGUGAAUAUCGGGAAGAGCUUGAGAAGAGAGGCGAUAUCACGGCCACAGUCGCAGCCAUUCCCCCUCCCGGCAACUACGACUGGGUGGUCUCCACCGACACCCCUCGCUACCAAACCCGCGGCCACGCCAUCUACGACCCGCACACCUCCAACACCUCGGUCCUGGUCCCCGACCUCAACUGGCGCAUCACCUACGCCGACGGCUCCGGCGCCCACGGCAUCGUUUACCAAGACCGUGUUUCCAUGGACGACACGCUGUCCUUCCCCUCGCAAGUCGUGCAAUCCGCCACUUCCAUCUCAUGGGACUUCACCACGGACCCGUACGUUAGCGGGAUCAUGGGGCUCGGCAUGUCGUCUGGUAACACGGUUAGUGACAGUAUUAAGGACGUGGAGGCCAGAACGGGGGUGAAGAUCUUGACGUUUAUGGAUAACGUGCGAGAACAGUUGAGGGAGCCUUUAUUUACGGCGAAUCUGAGAGAUAACGCGGAGGGAAGCUAUGGGUUUGGGUUCAUCAAUGAGACGGAGUAUAUGGGCGAGGUGAGGUAUGUGGAUGUCAAAGAGGAUGGCAUCUUUUGGGAGUUUGAGGUGGGGGGUUAUUUGAUUGGGAGCGAGGAGGAGGAGAAGAAGGCAGAUGAGGAGCCAGAGAUGACGGAACCUGCUCAACCCGCGAAAAAUCCCGACACUGAGCAGCCGUCAACGACCAGCCAGCCAGACCAACCUACGGUCUCAAACCCCAUCGUACCUUCUUCGACCCAGAACGCCCAGCCAGACACCUCAUCCUCCCCCCUUCUCCUCGAAACCACAAACUCAACCUCCACCACCAACCAAAAACGAACCUCCUACCCCUUCACCACCAUAGCCGACACGGGCACCACCCUCCUUCUCCUCCCCGACCGCGUCGUCUCCGAUUACUACUCCACCAUCCCGCGCGCUUUUUAUUCUCCUGAAUGGGCAGGCUACCUCUUUCCCUGCGCUUACACUUCUUCUCUACCCGAUUGGUCUUUUUUCCUCGGCUCGGCUGCAUCUGAGACCAAUACCACCACCACCACCAACACUACCACGACGUCUGAUUCCAACAAAGCCGAGCCCAAACCUGAUAUCGGUCCAGAAGUCGAAGAAGGGCAGGAAGAAGGGUCCUUUUACUACAAAGGCACAGUCCCCGGGCGGUACAUGAACUACGGCGAAGUGAACGCCACCUGGUGCUACGGCGGGAUGCAGAGCAGUGAGGAUAUUGGGUUUAGUAUUUUUGGGGAUGUGUUGCUCAAGGCGCAGUUGGUGGUGUUUGAUUUGGGAGGGAUGAGGGUGGGGUUCGCGGGGAAGGAGUUGGCAGAGGGGGUUGGAAAGGGGGAGGUGAGUUUGUGA